AUGGGUGCUGGUGCCCCUGCUCCCUCUCAUGCCUCUUCCUCUGCUGAGGAAAUACCCGAUACCCCAAUUGCUACGGCCCGUGUUCCCAUUAGACCCCAGGGUGCUCCUGUACUGCCUGGGGAUCCUCAGCAGCCACCUGUCCUAGGGUGUAGUAGCGUUGAUCCUCCUUAUGAGGAUGCUUGUGAUAAUUUGGGGCCCCAACCUGAUGAUCUGCCACCUUUAGAUGCCUCAGCUAGUUCCCCUUUGCUUUUUAUUGAUAAUAUGCGGCAAGUCAGUCAGCCACCGCGUGACCGAGUACUUAGUAGGUCAGAGGGCCGUUCCCGUCCAAGACGGUCGCGGUCGUCCUCACGGGGAUCUGGCCGCUCCGGUUGGAGCAGAUCUGUUGGGUCCUGUAGACAUCACCGCAGGUGUUCCCGCAGGGAGUCUAGGAGUAGAGUGCGCUCCCGUAGGUCCCGCUCGUCUCGGUGGCGGUCUCCUUCAUCAUCUGGUCGCAGCUCGUAUCGCUCAGGGAGUCGGGAGCGUCGCUCUCGCAGGCGCGAGGGGCGGAGACAUCAUUCAAGGUCCCCGAGGCGGGCUUCCCGCGGUGGCAGUCGGCCCCGUGCGGUGUCUGAUCCGGCUCCUGUGCCGGUUGCUGAUCCAGCUCCUGUUCCUGCAACGGAUCCGGUCCCACCUCCUGUUGUUCCUGCGCCGACCGUUUCAGGAUUUUCGGAGGAUGUGUCCGGAUGCUGCAUUGGAAGGGCUCCCUUGCCCCCCAUUGGUCUGGGCCCUGCCGAGCAACGUCUGAUCCCACUGGUGGAAUCGUCGAUGGCGGCAUCUACAUGGGCGGGACAUGAUGUGCAAAGGACGAUGGUUUAUUUCCUGGGCCACUCUUAUUUCCACCGGGCCGCGCAGAGAGCUGAUUGCCGGCCGGGUGGGAGAUCGUUGGGAUGCGGCAAUGUUGAGCCUCACUGGAGGGGGAUCCCAGUCACAGCUGGCCUGAGGAGAGGAGAAUUGAGAAGUGAUGGCCCUAGGCACUUUUGCCCGCCGGGAGUCCGGCGGCUGGCAAUACCGCUUCGGCUGAAGUAGGUAGGUUGCUGCAGUGCAGCAGUUAUAGAGUUAAUAUUCUGUUAUUUAAUAAAUUGA